UACUUCCAUCCAGGCAGUUCACGCUUUUUUGCAGAGAAAAGUUUAUAAAAGAAGCCAUCCGCGAAACCCACCCGCACAAAUCCAAACAGCAUUCGCCGUCGGCUUCCACCCUCCCCCUCACGCGCGCGACCUCGUCGUCGUCGUCGGCUCGGAGAUCUCGCCUUCCCGCCGGCAGCAGCCAUGGACGCCGUCGACUCCGUCGUUGACCCCCUCCGCGAGUUCGCCAAGGACAGCGUCCGCCUCGUCAAGCGCUGCCACAAGCCCGACCGCAAGGAGUUCACCAAGGUGGCGGCGCGGACGGCGAUCGGGUUCGUCGUCAUGGGGUUCGUGGGGUUCUUCGUCAAGCUCAUCUUCAUCCCCAUCAACAACAUCAUCGUCGGCUCCGGCUAGGUUGGAGAACUACAUGAUGCGGGGAUAGUGUGAUGCCGGCAGUUGAGCCUGCGGUGUGUCGAAGUAGGCGCCCAAAGUUUGUUCUGAAGUUGUUGUUAAAGACCUGUUUUGUGAGAAAUUGUCACCAGCUUAAUCUUCGUAAUGAGUAUAGAUCUUGAA